GUUUCCUGAUUGUGAAUAAAGAAGAAAGUGGGUGACCCGUUCGCAAUCAAUAAAACUGCUUUAUUUCAGUCAGGAUAGAAACAAAUACAGAUCAACUGGAGAAUUUACGACCUGUAAGACAUGGCUGAAGGAGGGAACCAACCUUCUAUCCAUGAUGGUUCUGAUGCCGAUAUUACCUUUGCAUGUACGCCGUGUAGUGAGGAGGGAUCCAGAGAAGAGGCUGUUAAAUAUUGUCCGGAAUGUGACGAGUACCUUUGUUCAACAUGUUCGAAAUGUCACCUUAAAAUGAAAAUAUCGCGUGACCACAAGCUAGUAGAAAAAGAAAAAGGAAAACAUGAGUCGAAGAUCACCAAGGCAACGGCGAAAAUAAAGUGUAGAGAACAUCCAGAUAGGGAUAUUGAAAUGUAUUGUGGGACACACGAUAUGGUCUACUGUCUGAUGUGUAUUGCCACAGAACAUAGGUCCUGUGGUGAUGUGACCUGCCUAACAGAUGCGGCAGGUUCGAGCUUUCAACAAAAUGAAGCGGACCGUCUACAAGAAGAAUAUGAGUCUAUCAAAGAGGUCCUUACAGUCUCAGAGAGGAAGAAAAAGGAAAAUCUCAUCUUAUUAGAAGAGAAGAGGAACACAAUCGAAAAAAGACUCCAGGAAAUUGAAGAAGAUUUGGUAGAACAUAUCAAGAUGCUUUCAAAACAAGAUAAAACGAACCUCAACAAAACAUAUUAUAAGGUGAAAGAGGAGCUUGAAUCAGAUAUCACAAAGCUGAACAGGAAAAUAUCUGAAAUGGGGAAAGUAAGGGGCCAGUUCCAGGCAACGACUGAAGUUAACCAGGAAAACCGGUUCGUUCAAUUCAAGCUUUACCAGCAAAGUAUGAAUGACGCCAAAAACUUGCAUGCACAAUUUGAACCUAAUGGUCAAGUAUCAAUUGACUUUGAAGAAAUUACAAGUGUAACAGGACAGUUAAUGGAAGUAAAAUGUUUGGGAAAAAUAAAUGCAGCUCGGAUAAAUAAAAAGAGAAAAAUUAAACGCCAGAAAGAGAUAAAUGUAAGAAUGCAGAAUGACAAAGAAAAAGAAACCUGUCGCAUAAUUGAUAUGUGCAAACUUGAUAGCGGAGCUUGUAUUUUGGCUGACUACCACAAUAAAAAUGUAAAACUGAUAGACACCAAUCAGAAUGUUAAGUCUCACUUUGAACUUGAAGGUUAUCCGACUGGAAUUUGUAAAACAGGACGCAACGAAAUAGCAGUGAAACUGAAUAAUGACAAAAUAGACGUGUUAUCAUUAGGUACCUGUAUUUCUAAAGUAAGAAGUAUUUCUAUUGUAAAGGGAGGUGGAUGUUAUGGGAUGACUUAUAGAGAUCUAAAGUUUUGGAUAGGGACUGGAACCGACAUUAAUGUGUAUGAUACAAAUGGGAACCUUGAAAAAUCUGUUUCAGUAGCAAAAGUUGCAAUUCGACAAAUGACCGUUUAUCAAAACUCGGUUUAUGUGGCUGAUUAUAAUGGUGGUGUCGUCCUAUUAAGGAGCGAUGAUACGAUAAAAACUAAAUUUCAAGAUAGUAAACUGACCAGUGCAGUUGGUAUAUGUAUAUCGACUGAUGGUACAGUGUAUGCUCUAGACCAAAGAUACAAUGCUAUCGUAAUGUUCAGUCAGGAUGGGAAAUGUCCAGGACAGCUGGUCCCGAAAAUACCCAGUGGAAAAUGUCCAGAGUCGCUUUGCUACGAUAGUAAAAACGAUUGUAUAUUGAUUGGCUAUCAGUCAUCUGAUACAAUAACUGUGCUUCAUCUUAGUGACUGAGGACUUAUAUCGGUUAAGAAUUUGUACUACGUAUGAAAAGAGAAAAUAUAUUCAUAAACAAACAUUCUAUUUCAGCUAGCUUGUGAAGAAAGCCAUUCUAAAAUUGCAAUUUAGUAAUGAUGCCAGACUUACAUGACAUCACUUAUUACUUACAUUCUUGUUCAAGUUGUAUGUUUGGUUUCGUGUAACACAAUGUUUAUUUUGCUCCAGCGUAGGACAGAUUUAAUUAUUAAAUAAGACAGAUCGCCGCAUGAUUCUGAUAGUGUUAAGUGAUGGUAGUCUCUAAAGUAUAGAGAAAUGCAUCUUUAGUCCAGAGUGUAUUGGCUAAGACCUAAAAUGUAUUGUUUGUUUAUGGUAACGCUAACGUAGGUAGCUUUUUUAUUUAUUCAUUUUUGAUAGAACGUCAGAAAUGCCAGUGUAGCAUAAGUCAGAAGCUAAAAUUAUUAGUGUUAUACUUAAUUCGUUGGAAACUGAAAGAUAUGAUAUUGAGAAGUUUAGUGUAGAUUUACAUUUAUUCCGCUUUCCAACUUCCUUCUCAGUUUGAAAAAAAAAAUGCUACAGAACAGGACAAUAUCUGUAGGGUAGGCGUUUCAGCUAGGGUAGGUUCGGAUGACUUCAACAAACAGUAUUUUAGUUAAAGCCUAACUAUUGAAUUGUUAUAACUAUAAACAAGGCAAUGAAUACAGUUAUCUUUCAAUCAUGUUCUACCUGAAUGUUUUACAUUUUGUUACUAUCUGAAUGUGUUACAUUUUGUUACUAUCUGAAUAUGUUAUAUUUUGUUACUAUCUGAAUAUGUUACAUUUUGUUACUAUCUGAAGGUAUUACAUUUUGGUAAUGUCUGAAUAUAUUACAUUUUGUUAUUGUAUGAACAUGUUACAUAUUGUUAAUGCCUCAGUAUGUGCAGUCGAGGUUAGAUGGAAUAUGUUACAUUUUGUUUAUGUCUGAAUAUAAUACAUUCUGUUAAAUCAUUCGUUUAGUAAAUUAAUGUUUUAUCUGCAAAUAGAAUGCGGUGUUGGUAGAAUAAUAUUGUUUUAAGUUGGAGUUUAUAAAUUGUUACAUAUCUU